AUUGACCGGUCAAAGAUUGGACCUUCUCCCUUGACCGGUCUUGGGUGGGAUACACCCAUCAAUUGUCACAACUUGUUUUGUUGAACUUUUGAUGUAGUUUUUAAAUAUAUAUGUUCAUUUUGGACUGCAGGGUUGUCCACAAGCAUCACGUUCAACCAAGUUUUGGUGAACCACUAGACCUCGCUACCCACACCCGAGUUUGAGAGUCCCAUCCUCCCCACCAUAAAUCCCAUACGCAGAUUGUCUCGCCCUCCUCUGACGACUGCCAUGAUGUUUCGGCCAUGGCACCGCUCCUCCUUUUCUACUUCUCCCCGUAAUCGUUUUCCGCUUCUAUCUAGCUUCUUCUCCAAGCCUUCACCAUAGAUAUUACCGACACCGGAGAAGAAAAAAGUAUUCUUGAAAAGCUCGAACCGGCCACCGCCCAAAGCACCGCCAUCUUGCUAUUGGCUCCGCAAACGCAAGAACUUCCUCUCUUUCUUUCAGGGAUGUCAGGAAAGGAUCGUGCCUUUGUAGCGUGGGAAGAAAAAAAUGUUUCGCAAGAGAAGGGGAAUCGUCUCGUUCACUACUAUUUAAAAGAUAGUGUGGGAUGUUCACUCCUAGCUGUUGUGGGAACAGAAAGAAGUGCAAGGCACAUGAUCUAUGCAAUCUCUGAAGAGUUUCUAGAUUACCAAGAUUGCCGGAAUACUCCUUUUGCCGAUAAAAGAUGGCGUACAAGGCGUGAGCUUGUGGAGUGGCUCGUAUCAAUGGUUUCGCCUAUUUCAGACUCACAAAUUGCUGAAUCAAUGGCUGGUAUUACUAAUCCUGGAAUCCAACCUGUGGUCAAGGAGGAACUUGUUCCCAGAAAAUUAAAACCAAAAGAUUCAGAUAUGACGUGGUUGGGUGAGGCACGGGGCUGUUCUGAGAGGCUUAAGCACUAUCCGGCUAUUUUGAGCAAUGGGACUAUUAUACCCGUACACUCAUUUGUGUUUUUCAUGGCUGAACAAGAAAGCCGCUACCUUGGUUACAUAGAAGAUCUCUAUGAGGACAACACAAUGCAGAAAUGGAUUAAGAUUCGCUGGUUUCAUCAUCUUCAUGAAGUGAAGUGUGUGAUUCCUCAGCUAGACGCGCAUCCUAAAGAAGUAUUUAUCUCUCCUCAUAUCCAGGUGAUCUCUGCAGAAUGUGUUGAUGAUCUUGCUGCCGUUCUGACUCCUAGUGAUUAUCAGAAAUAUGCUUCAGCUCUUCCAGAAAAUUCAUUGUCUGGACUCCUUAUAUGCUCUAGGGAAUUCAAAAACAACAUGGCUUUGCCUUUCUGUCUAAGCAAACUACACGGAUACUACAACCAACCCAUUUUCAGCAUGUUAAGUAACCAGACUGUUUCGCAGCAAAGGGUGGAAGGAAAUAAAAGACAAGAAGAGCAAAAUCCAGCCGGCGAAUGUGAUGCAAUUCCGAUGACAGAAUGCGAACCAACUCGCCCGAAAUUGAAAAUUAAACUGUCUAUCAAAGGGCUGGCUAUGGCGAAACUUGUUGGGCAUGGACCCCAGUGCUGUCCUUUCAAAGUUGGGGUAUAUAUAGAGUUCCUUUGUCAGGACAGUGGCAUGAGAGGCUGCUGGUUCAAGUGUAUGGUCAUUCAAGCGAAGCGACAGCUCCUGAAGCUUCAAUACCUUGAUGUUGAUGAUGUGGAUGGGACUGGAAAACUGGAGGAGUGGAUUCCUGCAACAAGGGCUGCAGCUCCUGAUAAGCUGAGCAUGAGAUGCGCUGGACGCCUCACAAUUCGGCCAUGGCCUCUUAAGGAACCAUCGAAGUGUUCCUUUAACGUAGGAGAUGCAGUUGAUGCAUGGUGGUGCAAUGGUUGGUGGGAAGGUGUUGUCGCUGGAAUUGAUCUUCCAAGAAGCCAUCACUUUCUAGUUUACUUCCCGGGUGAUAACAGGUCGUUAAUAUUUCCAAGGAGAAACUUGAGGAUUUCGAGAGAUUGGAUUGAUAGCAAGUGGGUGGAUAUAAAACCAAAGCGUGAUAUAUGCUCAUUCAUUUCUGCCGCGAGUGCUGCCUCUAAUUCAAAGCAUUCAUUGUGCUCGAAUUUGGCUGAGGUUUCUCGGGCCAAUCCAUCGUAUCAUCUGGAUCUGGUCUGACAACAACCAAAUCUUGAAAAAAAGAAAAAAAACAUCUUGCAGAGUUUGAUCUAACCAAAAGUGGCAGACUGUAUAAAUGACCAGAGACAAAGAUUCUGUCUGAAGUAGGAAGCAGCAAUUUGUGAAGGGAAAGCUGUUUUUGUAAGUAGGGGAAAAUCCCUUUGUUUAAAGAACGACAACUAACCCGCAUGGGAGACGGACGGUUGGGGGGGUUUGGAUUAUGUUUUGAGUUUUGUCAUGGCGCCACCCGUUGAUCUGUUGUAAAUACUUCAUGCCAAAUACAGUUAGUAGUAGGGACAAAUGUAGUCUUCAAAUUUACAGCUUCUGAAAAAAAAAAGAAAUAGUUUACAAGUUU